GCCUCCCAAAGGAGGGGCAGCCAAAGCAGCCGGGUGUGUAAACACGUAAAAUGAGAUUGAUAAGAAAGCUUUUUCAGUGAGGCUGCAGCCCAUUAUCACCUGAACUUCUUGCUUGAACUCGGAAUCAAAAAAGUCUCCUGAACAUCUCCCAGUCCUGCGUGGAAGCCCCAAGUUCAGAAAAGAAUAGAUGUCAGGAACAGCAAGACAUGAUCAAGAGAUGAUAAUCAAAUCAAAAAUAAAUCUGGCCAAAACCACUGACCCUUUAGAAAGACUUCGCCUCCAGUGUUUAGCAAGGGGAUCUGCAGGCAUCAAAAGACUUGGCAGAUUAUUUAGGAUUAUCGAUGGUAACAACAGCAGAACCUUUGAUUUCAAUGAGUUUCUGAGAGGACUACAUAAGUACUCGGUGGUGAUCAAGAAGGAAGAAGCAAAAGAGCUUUUCCAGAUCUUUGAUAAGGAUGGCAGUGGAACAAUUGAUUUUGAUGAAUUUAUUGUUACACUGAGACCUCCCAUGUCCAAUGCAAGAAAAGAGAUUGUCCUGCAGGCAUUUCAGAAGUUAGACAAGACUGGAGAUGGUGUCAUAACAAUUGAUGAUUUACGUGGGGUGUAUAAUGUAAAAUAUCAUCCCAAAUACUUAAAUGGAGACUGGACAGAAGAUCAAGUUUUUAGACACUUCCUGGAUAAUUUUGAUUCACCCUAUGACAAAGAUGGGAAGGUCACAGCAGAAGAAUUCAUGAACUACUAUGCUGGAGUCAGCGCUUCAAUUGACACAGACGUCUACUUUAUCCUCAUGAUGAAGAAUGCUUGGAAACUCUGAUCAUAUAGUUAAAGAAGCAAGACUUUUCUUUCACCUUUUAUAGGUUCCUCUGAUUAAGUGUAUGCACAACAACACUCUCCUGUUCCAUAACAACAGUUUCCAGUAACUAUGCCAAUUACAUUCAAUCUGCAGAAUUAAUUCCCAGAUGCUCCAGUAGGCUCAGCCCCAAGGGAUCAAAGCAUAAUCAGAGAGAGUAGAUCUGGCAUUUGGCCACCCCACACAUCUGUCCUUUUUCUCUUUGCAUUCCUGGUAUGUCUUUUCUUUUCUGAGAUCAGAUGCUCUUUUCUUUUCUGACAUCUGCAGUAGGUCGCUGUGGCUCUUGAACAUCCCCUCU